AUGAAAACUCUUUCAGAAUACAGGAAAAAUAACCAGACAAUCUUGCAGGAACAACAUGAUGAUAAUUAUGAACCAACAUCGGAAGAAAUAGAAGAAUACGCGAUGUUUAUCGGUAUCGAUCCUGGAAAGGAACCACAUUUAAUGUGGUUAGCAAAAGAAGGUAUUAUGAAAUCGUUACCAACAGGCUGGAAGCCAUGUCAGGAUGAAAACAACGAGUUAUACUACUUUAAUUUUGAUUCGCGAAUUGUAUCUUGGGAUCAUCCGUGUGAUGAACUAUAUAGGAAAAGAGUACAAGAAGAAAAGAAAAUGGAAGAACUGAGAAAACCUGAACGUCUAAAUUCUUCGAAUAUACCGUUGCAAGACACAAUAAAUCAGGAUAAUUUGUCUAAUAUAAGCACACUGACUACAUCCACAAUCAGUGAUUGGAUGAAAAGUAGAGAAUUAGAAGACAGAAGUUCACAACCAGUAUCAGCAACAAUAACAAUAGUGAAAGAUGGAAAAAAUAUUGAUGCUUAUUACUAUAUCGAUUCGGAUCCAGAAGUGGUAGAUGAAGUAGACGACGAAAUUAGUGAUGAUUUUCAAAAGAGCGUGAUAAAUAAUUCACAAGACAGAACGGCACAAACACUCGACGGUAAAAACGUUGAACAUGUAGAAACACUCGUUACUAAACCGCUGGUGCCAGCAGAUAGCAAUGAUAUCUUGGAGAAUAAACCUCACGUCAAUGAUAUUGACGCCCUUCAUAAUGAUGAUGAUGAACGAGUAAUACGCGCAAACGCAGCAGCACAAGCGGCGGAAAAAAGAUUGAUAUCCGCAACCACAAAGAUGCAAUCAACAGAUAAUAAUUUGAAUGACAUAUCGAAUGGUUUAAUAACAUCUCGUACACCAAAUAAUUACAACAGUAAUAUCGAUUUAAAAAAGGUGAAAAAUGCAUCACUUGAAGAUAAAAAAUUAGAAUUGUUAGAGAAUAAUCGUUUAUAUGUAGAGAAAAUGAAAGCCGAUUUUCAAACAACAAAAGAACGUGACGAAAAACUGUUACGAAAUAAAAUGAAAGCGGAUUUAAGUUUAAUUGAAGUGAAUAUUCGUGAUAAUAUUGUUCGUCAAAAGGAACUAUUGGAAAAUCGUAAACAAGAUGAACUAAAUCAAAUAAAACAAGAUAUUGAACGAGAAAAGGAUGAAUUAACACAAAAACUUCGACGUAAUAUGCAAACGGAUAUUAAUACUGAACAACAAAGUAGUAAUAAUAAUAAUAAUCAAAUACAAAUAUUGCAAGAUCAAUUAACUCAAGAAAAACAUGAAUAUGACGAGAAAGAUGAUCUUUGUUUCACAUUACAACGUAAUAUUGAAAAAUUACGUCAUGAAAAUGAAAUAUUAAGCCAAAAAAUUCGAAAAAUAGAAGAAAAUCAUCAUUCUACACGUUCGUUGAUCAGUUCGCAACAAGUACAAGACAAGUAUUCGAAGCAAGAAAAAAAAGAACUAUUAAGAUACAAUGAUAGCGACGACAAUGAUGACGACAAUUUACAACAAACAAUCGCACAUGCAGAAGAUGAUGAUUUAAAUUUAAGCGAUAAUGACAGUGAUGUGAUCAGUAUGGAACGUACACUUAAAGAAUUACGAACAAACAAACUUGAAUCCAUUAAACAAUUAAAAAUAUCACUUAUAUCUAAUCAACCAGAGCAAGAGUUGUCAUUAAAGAAUGCUCUCGAUAUGGAUGCUAUUCAUUCAGCUAAACAAUUGUUAUCACAACAUAAAACAUUUAAAACACAAAAUAAAACAAUCUUCAAUCAAACAUCGAUAACUGACAAUAUACAUCGAGAAACAUUAUCAAAUACCAUGACAAAUGUCUCAACACAAUUAAAUGAUAUAGUAAAUAAUGAACAGGAUGAAAGUGGAAAUAAAACAAAUUAUUUGAAUGGUAUUGAUCUUGCAAAAUUACCCGUAAAAGAUGUAAAUUCUGUUUUGAAAAAUUUAUGUACUAUAAAUAAAAAUGUGAAUCGUAUGUACGAUCUAAUUAAACAACAACAGUCUCCACAUCAUUUAUUCUCUCCAAUACCGUAUGAAGUAGCAAUGGCAACUACGUCAAUAAAUCAUUCUAUAAACUCAGUAAAUCUUAGCAGUCGUGUUGAAAAACAUUGGACAUCACGACCGUAUUCAAUACCGGAAUAUUUAAGACGUGAUGUCCCAUUAGCCAUAUCUCUGUCAGAUAUUUGUACAUUAACAUCGUCAGUACAAAAUAAUUCUAGGUUACAAACAUUGACAUCAUCGCCAUUAAUACAAACACGUUUAAAAAAUCAUCGUCAAUAUAUUGAACAAUCAAAAUUUCAAACGAGUCUAGUUACAAAAAAAGCAAUUCUUAAUGCGGCAAAAGCCGUUUUUGAUCCCAGUGUUAUCGAGAAAUUUGAAAAGUCUUAA